AACUACUGAAUAUCAGGCCUCGUCAGUUUCGAAAAUCAUUCAAUACCAUUCAUUUGAUCGUAUAUAGCUAGUCAACAUUUAAGCUAAGAGAUUUACCAUUUGAAGCAGCGUUACUGCGAUCAUUGCUUAGACAAACAGUGGCAUUCCAGCACCAAACUCUUAAAGACGCUUCUCUUGCAUCAAUUUGGUAACGAUGAGCUACCAAGAACUUGACCAGACCCGCCACGUCUUCCAGGCAGCCGAUUACGCCGUCUGCGGCGCAAUGCUGCUGGCCUCUCUCGGCAUCGGCUUCUACUACGGCCUGAGGGGCGGUAGGCAGCGGACAUCGGCCGAGUAUGUCCUGGCCGACCGCAGUAUGACCGUGAUCCCCGUCACUCUCUCCCUGCUCGCGACGAUGUUCUCCGGUAUCAGCUUGCAAGGCUUCGCCGCUGAUGUCUACUUCAGAGGGACCAUGCUGAUCUGGCUGAUCGCAUCGAACAUCGUCUUUUCUGCUGUCGCUUUUUACGUUUUCGUGCCGAUGUUCUACAACCUGAGAAUAACGUCCAUAUUUGAGUAUCUGGAAGCGCGAUUCAACAAGGCUGUGACAGCGUGUGGAAUAUUCGCAUUCACACUGCACUCGGUCUUGUACAUGAGCCUGGUAAGCUUCACCGCAUGUACUGCAGCAACGGCAGUGACUGGUGUUAGCUUCGGAGUUGCCGUCGUUUGUGUGAUUGGCGUCUGUACCAUCUACACUGUCAUGGGUGGCAUCAAGGCUGUAAUGUGGACCGACACUAUUCAAAUGCUGCUGAUUUUCGCCACCAUCAUCAUCGUCGUCAUCAAGGGAAACAUUGAGAUGGGAGGCGUCAUCAAUGUCUGGCAAAUCGCGCGGGAGGGCGGCCGAAUCGAGCUUCUCAAUAUCAGCCCAGAUCCGACUGAAUACUACACUGUCUGGGGCUUUCUCAUCGGCCAAUUGGGAGCGGCAGCAAUGGUUGUCUGUAACCAGUACCUAAUGCAACGCUUCCUGGCAUGUAAGAGUCUCGCAGUGGCCAAAACAGCUGUCGUUGGUUUCAUGGUCGGCUCAACAAUCUUCAUAAGUCUGUGUGUGUUUGGUGGUGUGACGUUGUACGCUUACUACGCUGGCUGCGACCCCACAAUGAGGGGGCAUCUGAAUCAACCAGAUGAGCUUUUGCCGUACUUUAUCAUUGACGUCUUUCACGGGGUACCAGGCAUGGCUGGUGUUCUGCUGUCGGGGAUGCUCGGCGCCGCGUUAAGCACCCUUUCGUCUGCUCUCAAUGGCGUAGCAACGUUACUUGGUCAACACCUUGUCAAACCGUACGUCAAGAAUCUAAGCGAUGAGAGAUACACAAUGGUACUGAAAUCCCUGGCCACUCUCCUUGCUAUCAUCAUUCUGGGAGUAACUUUCCUGGUGCCACUGAUCGGCGGAGCCGUACCCACGUUGCUUGCUAUUGCUGGUGCUGUGAGUGGACCGAUUCUUGGCAUUUAUCUCCUGGGGAUGUUCUACCCACGAUGCAAGGCUAAGGGUGCGUUUGUUGGAUACCUUGUUGGUGCGUCGAUUGGUAUUUGGUUGGGCGUGGGCAAUGUUCUUCAUGGCAAUCGCUCGGCAGGCAUUCUGCCCCUAUCCAUCGAUGACUGCCCUGCCUUAAAUACCACCCUGGAAACCAUGACAACGACCUUUGACCCAAGCGUGUAUACCACCACGUCAUUGGAUGAUUCCACUUCUUCAGUGAUGACCAAUCCGGAUGAGGAAAGUGGUCCGAUUUUUGGACCCCUCUACUCGGUUUCCAGAAUCUGGUUCCCGACGCUCACCUGCUUUUUGACCAUCUUAGUAGCCGCAAUUAUCACCUGGAUAUUUGGUGGUAAUGACUUAGAAUCAGUUGACCCAAGACUGUACGUGAAAUUGCCGAAGUGGGGUCACUGCGCAUGGCCGUUUAAGGCGUGUGGAAGAAAUAAGGAGCGUGGCCCGCCCAGUGACGUCAAAUUUGAGAUGCAAGCACCAGACAACGAGCCAGUUUCCCAACAGGAGGAGGGUGAGAAUUCACCCCUCCAAAAGUUGGGUAUUAGUGACACUGGACCAGGAGUGAAGUGUAACCAUGGGCGGUUGCGAAAGGAUUCAAAAGUUUAAGUUGAAGUAACAAAUCUUGCGAUGUCCUGUACUUUUAGUAGGCCUAUAUAAUUAUGGUAAUAAAAGGCUAAUACCGCUUCGUAUACAUCACAUUUUUGGAACGAUUUAGUGCAAUUGAAUUAUGAAGGGGCAGAUUGGGUCAUUAUAAUUCUAUUUUGUGUGGCUUUUGGGGCAAAUCAUAGUUGGCAAGGGAACAUUUCAGAUUAAGUUGAUUUGAGAUAAGUUUGGGUAAAAUGUUAAGGUUGAACUGUUUUAAAGUUUCAAUGAUUUUGGACUGGUGUGGCGCCAUUUGGAAUAUGCGCCUGAAGCAGGUUCGGCCUAUGGCUAUUGCACCUCUACAAUUAUUUUUGCACGUAUCAAACAUUGAAUUACAAUCUUCUACUUUAUAUGAGUGCGCCCUCUCGUGGUCAUGUCUUGGCAAGUCAACGGCUGUUUAUUAUUAUAGAUCACGUUAUUUAAUACACAAUUUUCCGUGUUUAUUCCUGCUUUUGGUGAAACUACAAGCACGACAAGUAAUAAUAAUUUAUAUUUUGAAAAUGUUCAAGGAUAACAUGUGAAAAUGCGUCCUUUUCAGCGUUGUUAAGCACACCAAGUAACAGCUAAUGUUUUUUGAAACAUAAAACAGUCGUGGAAAAGCUUAUGUGUCGCUAUGCAACAAUCGAUCGACGGUAACAGAUGGGGUGUGUUUUGUGACUUGGCGCUCCGUAGCAAAUCUGCAUUUUUUUGUCUUCACAACACCAAAACAGUGUUAUUAAUUGUCA